AUGUCUAUAAAAAGAGUUUUCGAAUACUUUCCUAAAUUGGGUCCUCAUCUGAAAAAAGGAGAAUGUGGGAGGAUUGCAGUGGUUGGAGGUGCCUUAGAGUACACUGGGGCCCCAUACUUCUCCGCCAUGGCUCCGAUGAAAAUUGUAAGGUCGAUAAACAACUUAUUCAUGUUCAGGGAGCCGAUCUCAGUUAUCUCUUCUGCCCAAUUGAAGCUGCUGCGGUCAUUAAAACUUAUAGUCCAGAGCUUAUUGUACAUCCAUCACAAGAGUUCGAGAAAAUUGACGGAAUGAUUGGAAGAAUCGACAGUCUGGUCAUCGGGCCUGGAUUAGGCAGAGAUAAAGAGAAAUUAGUGCCUCUAUUGAGAAAAAUUCUGAACAGAGUCCGAAACCAGGGUACAUUAAGUGUUGUGAUUGAUGCUGUAAGCGUUAUUCCACAACCUUCCAAUUGGGGCAGAUCGAAUUUCUGUAGCUAGUGGUAUAUGACUCUCAACUACCGUAGACCGCUAGACAAACGGAUGUAACUGCAGUCAAGUAGCCUGGAUCGGUAGUAAAAGAGUUGGAAUAGUAGCCAAAAACGUUACGGAAUUCUCAGUUUUUUGGCUGACAUUUUAACUUCUUCUGUAGCGUUAUAGACCGUUUGGCAGCCAUUCAUUCACUCUCGUUUGUCUGCCAGCCAUUACUUGCAACGACUUUGCAACGACGAUUCGGAAACAAAUUCAAGCUUUUAGAUAACGAAUAAACCGCCUUUCUACGUUCCUAAGCGUUGUCUAGCUAUAAAAAACUUAGAUGCUACUUUGAGCACUCAAAUUCGGUCUGCCCCAAAUGAAAUCUGCACCAAAAGAAGGGUAGCCCGUUAUUCACAAUGAAAGUGUAAUGUUUUAGGAUGGCUUGUUCCUGCUAGCUGAUUGCAUAGACGAAGUAAAAGCUUGUCCCAAUGUAAUUUUAACUCCAAAUCAUCGAGAAUUUGAUAGAUUAUAUGAAAUUGUUUUUGGUGGACAGAAACCGCAAGGUGACAUCACAAAGCAAGUCCAGAAGUUGGCCAAAGAAUUGAGGGUUAUCAUAUUUCGGAAAGGCGAAGAAGAUAUAAUUACCGAUGGAGAGAAAAGUAGGGACAUUGAUUGGGAAUUACACCGGUUUAUUUCAGCUGAGAUUGGCAAAGAGCAAGGAUGUGACCGAAGAUGCGGGGGUCAAGGAGACCUGUUAUCUGGAACCAUUGCCCUUUUUAGCUAUUGGGUCAGACUAAAGGAAGGAACAAGUUCAAUUAAGAGCGAGCAUCUAAUUCUGGGCGGUCAUCUGGCGAGCGAUUUUAUCAGAUUUUGUUCCAGGUACACCUUUUCUAAUAUCGGAAGGUCUAUGAAUGCCACGGAUAUUUUGGACAACAUACGCCAUGUGGUGAAGGAACAUGACGUUUAAUUGGGCAGACUUGGAACUUAAAAUAAAUAUGUACUGAGUAAUGUGGGGGUAAUUUCUGCCUAAUGUAUGACAUAGAAACAAAAAGUCGCUGAUUGUAAAUCGAUCUGUAAAAUUUUAAAACUCAAAAAAUGUGUGACACUUUUCCACGUUGCAAUGUGAAUAAAUUCUGCAUGUUAUCCAAUGGUGAUUGACAAUGGUGCUUUAGUGCUGAAUGACCAGUUUUGUAAGAUUUCUAACUAAAAGUCGCCCGCUAGAUAACUGAAAAGUUUAGGAUUUUUCAAAUCUUGAGGGUCAAUGUCUCGAAGAUGGAGUAAAUCACACAUUUUUUUGUACCUCUAACGGAUGUUUAAACGUCUAUUCACUCUCAUUGAAAAAAAUUAACAAACUGACCAUCGCCAAAUGGCAAGUGUUUUUACACCGUUGGAAAGCAAUACUUGAAACCACUCAAUUUUUGCGGAAUACCUUUCCGCGACGAUAUACUGUAAUUUACAGUAUUUCUCGGCCUUUUUGCAAAACAUUUAUUUGUCUACUUUGGGAGAAAAAAUUCUCGUGGCACCAAGGGAAAAGCAUAAGGUUGUUUCAAUAGUGCAUUGCUUGCUAAAAUCCGUGUUUUUUGGGAAAAAGAAGUGUUCAUGAAAAUUUCUGAUUACUGGUUAAAAAGUUACUUUACCGGAGCCUGUUAUACGCAUUUUUCUGAAAAAAGAAGAGAAAGUUGUAAAAUAAGCCAAAAACAUGAUGUCCAACUCUGUGAAAGCUAACAAUUAGUGAAGCUGAGAUAAAAGAAAUUUUCGAUGUUUAGAUUUUCGUUUGUGGAUGGUCACAACCAUCAUAUAUCAAAUAAUGUAGGUUUUAUGUGGCAAGUAUUAGCCCAUCCAUUGUCAGAGGAAAAAUGUUGCAUUACAUUUUUUCAGGGAAAGACUUGGCGUCAUCCCAGUAAGUUGUGGAAGACUUGACCCAUCUGUGUCUCGCCGCGAAAAGCCUUGUGUUUUGGCCGAAUUGAUCGAGAGCAAAAACCGUUGA